GAAUUCAUCUGUUUUUUCCGAGGAAUACAAUUUUCCUCGGUAUUCCAUAAGAAUAUUCCGACGGAAUGAUAUUUCCUCGGAAUUCCGUCGGUAUAUUCCGAAGAAAUUCUGAGGAAACCAAAUUUUGUGUUUCCGAAGAUUUCAUUUUCCGUCGGAACGUCCGUCAGAAUACCGCUGUUUUCUUGUAGUGAAUGAACCACAUACAUAUCAAAUGUGUUUUGGCUUAAAAAUUGUUGCAUAACCAAAAUCAAUAUGAACCAUCAUCAUUUUAGUUUAUUUUUUUCACAAUAUAAAUAUAGGAUUGGACAAAAAAUCCGAAUCCAUAAAAAUCGAACCAAGGUGGAUCCAAAGAAUAAUACUGAACUUUAACAAAAAAUGGUUAGAUAUAUGAAUGGAUUCAAAAUUUUGGUAUCUAGAGAACAAGAACCGAACCUGAUCCAAACCGUAAUAUUUUAGGUAUCUGAAUAUAUCCUAACAAGAUUUAUAUACUUAAAUAUAUUUAUUAUUUUUAAAUUUAAUAUCUAAAAGAAUAUACAAAAUAUAUAUGACGUUUUUAAGUUGUCCAAAAUACUUGAAAAUAUAUACAAAUAUUUAUAAGUACAUGUUUAAAAUAACUAAACGACACUUAUAAUACCUAAAAUACUUAAAAUAUCUAUUGAUUUCCUAACCAAAUAUUUAAGCUUAAACCAAUUUUUAUGUUAAGUUAAAGUAUUUUGACAUACAUUAUUCAAAUUUAUAUGUUAUAUAUUAUUUUAUUUUUAGAUUUUGAAAACCUUAAAGUAUAUAUGAACUUUAGUUUUUGAAAAAAUGUAAAUAGGUUAUCCGAAACCAAACCCAAACCAAAUCCGCAAAGAUCCAAACCAAACCAAACCCUCAAGGAUUCGAAUCGAGCCAAAUGCUACUUAUUGUCCACCUCUAAUCAAAUGUAAAAAAAGUUAUUGAUAACAAAAUGUAUAUUGUUUAUAAUAUUUAGUUACUAUAUUUUUUUUUGAAAAAUUAUUCCGUGCAGAAGGCAGAUUAUCAUCUAGUUAAUUCUUAAGUUGGAAAAUUUAAAAAGUUGUCAUGAUACUAAACCUAACUACAAAAAAUUUAGUAUAUCGGUCCGCACUCUUAUAGACUGGUCCAAAAUGUGGCACGUGAUCUCCAUCCAAAAAUGCUGUUACGCGGAGAUUAAUGGCUAACACUAUUUAUUUUAAAAUAUAAUAUAAAAUUAUGUAGAAAUUAUUAGAUUAUGGGCCUUAAUCUCUAAAGUCUAAAGAGAUUAUCGUAUGAUUUAUUUUUCUAUUAUAUUCAUUGUCAGAUCGAGGCCGGCUAAAAUAAACAAGGGUAAACAUUUUUAUAAUUAUUACUCUCUAUAUGAUUAAUAAUCAUCGUGAUAGCUGUUGGCAGAUCUGAAAGCUGUCAUAUUGUUCUCAGAUGCAAUAUGUAGAACUUGCAACAUUUUAUUUUAUGAACUUGCAAAUAUGGGUUUAUCAUUCAUCUUGAAACGAUUUUUUGAUGGUUUAAACAAUUUUAUUUCGUAUUUUUACUGUUAAGCUCAAAACUUAAUACAAUGUUAUUUAUUUCGAAAACAGUGGAUUUUUAGUGUUAAAUUGUCGGUAAAGUCAAAUUUUACUUUAUAACAAUGUAACUCGAAUGACUAUUUAGAUUUCUUGUGUACGGUUUUGACUUUGAGUGUUCGAUUAUUUAUUGUACAAUCUCGAUACAACCUGAUAGAAAAAAAUCUCGAUACAACCAUACAGAUCAUAGUGGAGCUGGAUACAGCUAAGCCACUGUAUAAUUUAGAACAUCAAUUAGUUUUUUUUUGUUGCUAAGAUAGAACAUUAAUUAGUUGCUUCUUAUAUUUAUCAACUUCAUGCAGGAAUGUGACUUGAGAGCCUCAUAACACAUUAAUCAUAACCAAAGCUGCCAAGAAAUGGAUGCUAAAAAUAAUCUAAGCCCUAUAUGUCGUCUCUCUCAUCCGACUAACCCUCACACCCUCUCUUCUCGAACCAUUGAAGACAAACCUAAGUCUGUUUGUUUUGUGUGUUGCAGAAAAUUGUUUACGUGGAGAGAUGAUUUUUAUUUCUGCUGCACCACCUGUGAUGUGGAGUUUCACAUAAAUUGUUACAUGCAACCAAAGAAGCUCAUACACCCGUAUCAUCUUCAACACCCUCUCGUUUUCAUAGAUAAAAAUAAUAAAACCCAAACUGAUAAAUGCUCUUGGUGUGGUUCAAACAUCACCAGCUUUUACUAUCGUUGUCCCAUUUGUAGCUUUUGUCUGGAUCUUUCUUGCUCCUCAAACUUCCCCUCUCUUACUAUGUCAGAUCCUAAAAGCCAUCACCAUUCUCUCUCUCUUUUUCCACGUCCCCUAUUAGUCCCAUGUGAUGCUUGUGGGUUGAUCAAUCAAUCGGAUCCAAGCUACGUUUGUUUUCAGUGCAGUUACAUUGUCCAUGAAUCUUGUAUCAACUUACCACGAGUUAUUAAGAUCACACGUCAUCAGCAUCGUCUUUCAUAUACUCCGUUCCUCUCCCAUGCAAUUUGGUCAUGCCGGAUAUGCCACAAGACUGUUGACAACAAGUAUGCUCAGUAUUCAUGCAACCAUGAAGGUUGUUCUUAUGUAGCUCACUCGAAAUGUGCGACUCAUUUAGAAGUGUGGAACGAGAAAGAACUUGAAUGGGAGCCUGAAGAACCAGACGAUAGUGAAAACGUUGCACCAUUCAAGAAGAUCGGUGUUGGUUUGAUAGAACAUUUUUGUCAUGAACAUCAUCUAAGACUAGAGAAGUACAAAGAUCAUGCGGACAAGACAUGUCAGGCGUGUGUUCUUCCUAUUGACUCACGUGACUUCUACAAUUGUAUGCAAUGUGAUUUUUCUCUCCACGAGGUAUGUGCCAACCUUCCUCGAAAAUUGGACCAUGCUUUGCAUAAACAUUCGCUUAUCUUAGACACGUCUCAAGAAAUUUAUGAUGACGUGAUAUGUUCAGUUUGUCUUCGAAAGUUCAGUGGUUUCUGGUACAAGUGCAUAGAAAACGAUUGCGUUUGUAUGUUUAGCGGUGUAUAUCGAAUAGAUGUUCGAUGUAUUUCUCUUCCUGAUUAUUUCACCCAUAAAAGUCACAAACAUCCCUUAUGUUUGCCCAUAUGUGAGCUCCGUCGCAACAAGGUCAAAUGCAACGCUUGUAAGAAAGGUGGUUGGCCAUCUCAUCUGCAUUGUACCACAUGCGACUUCGAUUUGUGUUAUCAAUGCGCUACAUAUCCUAGCGAGGUACGCUACAAACACGAUGAGCAUCCUCUCACUCUUUGCUAUGGUGAAACCGUGGAUGCCAAGUAUUGGUGUGAGAUUUGUGAGAAAGAACUAGAUUCAACAAAAUGGUUCUACACAUGCAACAAAUGUUGUGUCACUGUACACCUCGAUUGCAUGUUUGGGUUCUUUGUUCGUAUGAAGCCUGGUUUCACAUUCGGUUACAAUGGUCUAAUGGUGAGAGUUCUUGGAAACACUAGCAGCACUCGGCCUAUUUGUGAUGGAUGUGAGCAGCGUUGCCCGGCUCAUGUGUACUACAAAGUCUACUGGCGCAGGUAUAAGCUUGCUUCAUGUUCUUUAGAUUGUCUAAAUCAAGUACUUAAAGGAAGGAUUGGCAAACAAGAGCUUUUUCCUUAACAUGAUCAAAGUCUUUGGCGCAGAUUUGGAUUCCUUUGUUUUACAUUUGCCCCCUUUUAGUCUUUCUUUAUUUAUAUUACCAGUUAGUAGAACAAUGGUUUUUCAUUACGAGUUGUGAUUGUAGAUCUUGAAAUGUUAAUAUAGAUCUUGCAAUCUUGUACUCCUCUUCUCUUUUGAUGAUAUUGCUUUUGAAGACUCUUCUCCUUUUUGUUGGACUUUAAUUAAUUAAAGGAAGCAAAGUUUCAGAUAAAACGUUUCGGUUAUGAGUCAACAUAUGUGUUGAUUAAAAAGCACCGCUUGGGUUAAAGUAUACGUUGAUUAAAGGUACCAUUUGAGUCAUUAUAUAAAGUGAUCAAGUGCAAUACGAGAAAGAAAGAGAAGAAGAAAAGAAGAAAGAAGAUUGCUGAAAAUCAAUUGGAUUUAAUCUUCUUCUUUCCCAUAACAAAUUUCUGAAAGAAAACUCAAAGUAAAGUUUGGUAGAGUUUCAGUACGGGUGUGUUGUACGGAGAUCGGUAGUUGUAUCCUCAAGAUAUAUGCCUACGUAACUACACACACCAUUGUAGGGGAUAAAUUCUGUCUUAGGAGAUUGAUUAGGCAAGCCUCUAUCAAACCACAAACGGUUAAGUUGUGAGAAGAAGAAACAUAAUCAUCUCGUAGCUUUUUAUAAGGGUUUUUAAAAUCAAGUAAGAUUUAUAAGAGUUUAUAAACUCAAACAUAUUGAGUAUAUAAAAUUAAUUUGCAUCUGUAUUUUAAAUAACAAUCUAAGACAUAAAUUUCCUUUGUUCUUUUAAAAGAAUCAAGAUGGAUCAAUCUACUGCAAUUGUGAAAUGUCACAUAGAGAAGCCUUUUGUUUUCCGAGGAGUGGAUUUCAAAAUAUGGCAACAAAAGAUGUUGUUUUAUUUCAUGACACUGAAUCUGGCACAGUGUUUGACUUCCAAAGGACCAGAGUUACCUGUAGAAGGUGAUAUUCCUGAUGAAAUCGUUAAAGCUUCAGAGGCAUGGACGCAAAACGAGUUUUUGUGCAAUAAAUAUAUAUUCUUAACGCUUUGGACGAUUCUCUCUACGAUGUUUAUCAUAUAUUCCAAACUUCAAAACAUUUGUGGGAAUCAUUAGAGAAGAAAUACAAGUCUGAAGUUGCAAGCGGUAAGACGUUCAUUGUGAGAAAAUUCUUAAACUUUAAGCUGAGUGACACUGUUUCUGUGGUGAAACAAGUGGAAGAAAUUCUAAUAAGUCAUUGUUCAUGAAAGAUAUGGGAUUGGCUGUUAUAAUUCUUGAAAUUAGAGUUAAACAAGAGUCAGAUGGUACAUUAUUCACUUACUCAAUCUCAUUAUGGGUAAAAGAAAAAACAAUUACAAUGGCAAGUCAAGACGUAUAGACGUGGACAUGCAUGACAAUUGCUUUCCAAUGGGGUGAUAGCAUUGGAUUACAUUAGAUCAAAGAAUAACUUGGUUGAUACUUUGACCAAAAGCCUAUCUAAAACCAAGUUGUUUUCAUUUCGAGGGGAAUGAGUCUCAAGCCAACAUAAUGAAUCAUCACUUGAUGGAAACCUAACCUAGCAACAUUGGAGAUUACAUGCUCUAGGUUCAAUAGGCAAACUAGUUGGGGAAGACUCAAGACGUUUUACACAUUUCUCAUUCCUAUGAAAUAAUAAUGUGUAUCUAUUGAUGAUUAAGGGUUGAAUAAUUUAUUCUUAAAAAUGUUAGUAUCUUUUGUAGAAGAGAGAUAGAAUGGACUAUCUUUAACUAACGUUACCUAUAUGGGAGUGGUUUCGGGUCGCACCUAUGAGAAUUGAUAUGGCUAAAUUCUCUAGAGCUCUCACGAAGUCAGGAUAUGUUCAGGAGCAAAAUGAACACAACUGUAUAAACUAGAAAUUUGCUGAUGAGAUAUGUGUUUCAAUUAUUGUCUUGGUUUACUAUAAAAUGUGGUUAAUUUAAGACUGUAGUUCAUUACCCACAAAGUAAAUCCGAUAAGUUGUUACUAGUAAAUGUUCAAGUCCAAAAGACACAUUUUCUAUGCAUCUUUGAAUUUUGAUUUAUUUUCUAUUCAAAUGUAGGGGUAUUGUUGAGUUUGAAUAGAAAAUGUGGGGGUAUUGUUGGACUUUACCUAAUUAAAGGAAGCAACGUUUCAGACAAAACGUUUCGGUUAUGAGUCAACAUAUGUGUUGAUUAAAAGGCACCGCUUGAGUUAACAUAUGCGUUGGCUGAAGGCACCACUUGAGUCAUUAUAUAAAGUGAUCAAGUGCAAUACAAGAAAGAAAGAGAAGAAGGAGAAAAGAUAUAAGAUGACUGAGAAUAAUUUGAGUUAAUCUUCUUCUUUCCCAUAACAAGUUUCUGAAGGAAAACUCAAAGUAAAGUUUUCUAGGGUUUUGAUACGGGUGUGUUGUACGGAGAUCGAUAGUUGUAUCCUCAAGAUAGACGCCAACGCCAACGUAACUACACACACCAUUGUAGGGGCAAAAUUCUGUUUUAGGAGAUUGCUUAGGCAAACCUCUAUCAAACCACAAACCGUUAAGUUGUGAGAAGAAGAAACAUAAUUAUCUCGUAACUUUUUAUAAGGGUUAAUAAAUCAAGUAAGAUUUAUAAGAGUUUAUAAACUCAAAAUAUUGAGUACAUAAGAUUGAUUUACAUAUGUACUUUGGAUUAAUACUCUUUUAAAAACUCAUACGACAUUGCUGUCGGAGACUCCUCUAACAUUUCUCUUGGUUUCUUAUAUUCAUCACAACUCCAAAUGUGAGAUCGACCAUAGACAAAAUGUAGUAGUAUAAAGAAAUGGAACUUGAAAGCACCCAAAAACUAUAUGUCAUUUUUCUCAUCUGUUUAUCCUCCCCUAGGGAUGUUAAAAUGGGGCAACCUAACAGGGUUAGCCCUAACCAUGUAUCAAAUUUUUUAGUCAUAACCAUUCCUUUUGAGACAAAGCUCAAAUAUGGUUAAACAUAAUUAGCUCAGGAGCUUUAUAGAUUUGAGUUUUUAACUCAUUGAUUUUGCUUCACACCAAUAAUAUUUAAAUAAAUAUUAAUAAAUUACGAUAAUACAAAACCAAUUUUUUCACUGAAACAGCAAAAUGUUUUUUUCCCCGACAAAACAAGUUUUCCCAUCAAAACUGAAAAAAUUAAGUUUUUUCUGCUAAAACCAUAAAAUUGAUUUUCUCGCCAGAUUCAAGUUUUCUGGUUAAAACGAUUUUUUUCACGAGUGUUGAAUGAGAGAACUUGAAGGGGAUUUCGAAAAACGAGAUGAUAGUGAAAGUGUUGCGCCAGUAUGAUCUGAUUUUAUCAAACAUUUUUGUCAUGAAAAUCACUUGACGCGUGAAUUACAAAAUGCUGCAGAUGUAUACAAGCAAUGUCACUUGGUAGGAGUAUGUGCAGUGCAUCACUUAAGCGCGUGAUGUCUACUUUGUAUACAAUGUUAUUUUCUCUCCACAAGGGAUGUGUUAAUCUUCCUUAUAAACCUAGAUCGUGUUUUGCAUAAUCACAAACUUGUUCAAGAUCUCUCUCCGCUAAACGACUGUGAUGACAUAAGUUGGUUGAAUUGUCUUCAAAAGUUCAGUGGCAUCAUGUACAAGCGCACAUAAAAAGGUUGCUCAAAAUGAAUAUAUAUCUGCUGGAACUCAUUUUUAAGACAUAAUGUGCCGAUAUUUUUUCAGGCAUCUUUAUCGGGCAACUUUAUGAUAAAUUAGAGUUUGUUUGAAUGAGAAAUGCUUGUUCUAUGUUUGUUGUGUGACAUACACAAAAUGGAAAUGGCGAAUUGUUGAGUUGUCCGAAGAAGUAGAAACCUUGGGACAAUUGUAAAAAGGACUGAACCCAAACUAAACUAUGCGCGCGCCAAGCCGAGCUGAUAUGGACUCUGGCUUAGGUUCAGUUUUGAGUGUGGAUUCGGGUAUAUGGACAUCGGUCCAAUAAUCUUUUUUUUUGGGUUAUGUUUAAAUAUCUGAUCAAUAUUAAUUCAAAGUCAAAGAUAUUCUUAUUCAGUUCAAAAAUUGAUGAGAAAUUUUGUAACUCCUUUCUCUCCUUAAUAUUCAAAUUAAAUUGAGAAAUAAGACUUCACAAUAUCUUUGACUAUAUUCUAUUCUCUCAUUUAAAAAACACAACCAAGAAACAAUAAUCUCGACAUAAUCUUCUUUCUUUUUUUUAAUUUUCUAUAUUUUUUUUGUCAUGUUCUUUAGCUUAUAUUAUGAGUAACGUGGAAUAGUAGAUGUGCAAUUAUAUCUUGCGAAUCUGAGCAUUACAAAACCGUCAUACUAUACUAUGGAGUGUAAAUAUUAAAAAAAAAUGAGAGAUUUGUCAUCUCUGCAUCUUUAUCAGUUUAUUUUAGUAGUAAUUUUGAUUUAUGUUUUUAUUAUUAUUCCAAAUAUCAUUUGUUGGUAUUGUAAUAAAGUAAAGUUCCUACAAAAUCUACUAGAUGUUCUCUGUAUUUCUUUUUCUGAUUAUUUCAUCCAUAAAGUCAUUUAAUCCCUUAUUUUUUCCAUAUUGGAACUCCGAUUCAAAGCGAACAUCUGCAAAGGUUACAAGAAUCAUUGUUAGGGAUCCCACCUACAGUGUGCUACCAUGCAAAUUCAAUUUGUUAUUGAUGUGCUACAUUUUCUUUCUAAUCAGGUAUGCUGCAAACACGAUGAGCAUCAUUUCUUCCUUUGCUACUGAGAAAACGUGGAUAUAAAACAUUGGUGUGACAUAUGUGAGAAACAAGUUGAUUCAACAAAAUGGCUCUACACAUGCAACAAAAGUUGUAUUACUAUCCACGUUGAUUACAUAUUCCAUCAUUUACAUGAAACCCGCUUUCACAUUUGAUCACAUCUAUUACAAGGUGAAAGUUCUUUUUGCAACAAUAGAAGGACUCGGCAUAUUUGUGAUGGAUGUGGCCACAGCGUUAUAAGGUAUGCCAACGAGAAGAAUACGCUGGUUAAUUAUUCUUUAGACUGUCUAGAAAAUUGGUUUAUUAAAUUGUUAGGAGAAUUCGUGAAAGGUUUGUAUAUAUCCUCUAUAUAUUAAAAGAGAAGCAUUACAACAUAUUUUUGUAGCCACAUGUCAUCACCACAAUCAUUCUUAGAAUCCUAAGAAAACUAUGUUGGUCUAUAUAAAUAUAUAAUAAGUUUUUUAUUAACCUAACCAUAAAUUAAUCAUAAAUAUUUUUCAUUGCUUCCUUAAAUAAAAAUCACGGAAUUACC